AUGGAGAAUAAUGCAAAAUUGGCUGUUCUGAUUGAGACAAAGGUGAAAAUGGAGAAUUGUGCUGCUGUUUUUGACCCCUUUAUUCCAAAUUGGAGAUAUUUUCAUAAUGGGGAAGGUGGUUCUACAGCUCGGAUUUGGGUGGGUUGGGAUGCUACUAUUUUUGAGGUGGAGGAGAUGCAAAAUUCUAACCAAUUCAUCCAUAUGAAGGUUCGUACUUUGGGGUCUUCUCUUUCUUUUAUGUGCACAGCUGUCUAUGCUUCUAAUUCGGUGGAAGAGAGGAGGGACCUUUGGAGGGAUGUUAUUGAUUUUGGUUCUAAUAUUUCUAGUCCUUGGAUUGCUAUGGGGGACUUUAAUAUUGUUCGUCUUAUUGAUUUAAAAUGGAAGGGAGAGCAGUAUACCUGGAAUAACAGGCAGGGGGGCAGCUCCAGGGUUUGUUGCAAGUUGGAUAGGGUUAUGGUUAAUUUGAACUGGUUGGAUAUUCUCAGAUCUUCGGAAGCUACUUUUCUUCCACCUGGGCUUUCGGAUCACUCUCCAGCUGUGGUCUCCAUUUUUGAUGGGGUCAACUUUGGCCCUAAACCAUUUCGGUUUUUUGAAGCUUGGAUAGGUAGAGAGGGGUUCGAUGAUGUAGUUAUUAAAGGAUGGGACUGCCCGGUAAACUUGAAACUCAAUCCCAUUCUUAGGUUUGCUGCCCGUCUUAAAAACGUUAAGGCAGAGCUUAAGAAUUGGAAUAAAAGCAGUGUGGGCGAUGUCUUUCUCGCUGUGAAGAAUGCUUCCUUGGAAUUAGCUCAUAUCCAGCUCAGCCUUGCUGCCCAGCCGAAUGACCCUAGUUUGGUCCCUCUUGAAACUGUAGCUAAGAAGAAGUUAUGGGAGGCUCUUGUCAUUGAAGAAAAGUUUCUUAAGGAAAAGUCUAGAGUUAAAAAUAUUCAGCUGGGGGAUGGUAAUAAUGGAUUUUUUCAUAAAUCCAUGGUUUGUAGGCAGAACAGGAAUCACAUCUUGGAGGUGCAUAAUGCUGAGAAUGAGGUCAUCAAGGAGCCAAAUCUGAUAAAAAAGGAGGCGGUGUCCUUCUAUAUGAACUUGUUUGGUGUGGAGGUGGAGGAUGUUGGAUAUUUUCCUGGUUCGAUCCCUUUGAGACAUGGCCUAGAUCUUGUGCAGCAGAAUAGUCUUAUUGGGAAGGUUUCUAAUAAGGAGAUUAGAGAUGUGUUGUUUUCUAUGAAGAAUUCUAAGGCUCCUGGACCGGAUGGAUUUGGAGCAGCUUUUUUCAAGCAUGCUUGGGAGGUUGUUGGUGAGGAUCUUACUCUGGCUAUUAAAUGGUUCUUUUCCACUUCUUUUAUGCCGAGUUCUAUCAAUGCUACGUUCAUUAGUCUUAUCCCUAAAACUGAUGCAACUUCUUCUUUUGCGGGGUAUAGACCUAUUGCUCUUUGUAAUCUAUUUUACAAAAUCAUUACAAAAAUUUUGUCUAAUAGGCUGCAAGGAGUGGUGGGGAAGGUAGUUAGUGACAACCAAUCUGCUUUUAUUAAGGGCCGGUCUAUUGUGGAUAAUAUCUUAGUUUGCCAUGAUAUUGUUAGGGGUAUUGAGCAGAAAGGAACUUCGCCUACGGCAGUUUUGAAGAUUGAUUUACAUAAGGCCUAUGACUCUCUUAGUAGGAAAUUUCUUUUUGAGAUCAUGGAGCGGAUGGGGUUUCCAAGCAUGUUUAUUCGGUGGGUGAAGGCGUGUGUUGACACACCAUGCUUCUCAAUCCUUCUUAAUGGGAGUCCUACAGGAGGAGGGGGACCUACCACUAUUCAGAGUGCAAUUGCUUGGCUUGCUAGUAGUGCUUGUGCUGAUGAUAUGUUAGAUAUGGUUCCUAAAUUGGCUUUUUGUGCCACUGUCCACUACAUUUGGUGGGAAAGAAAUCGAAGACUUUUUGAGAAUAAGGUUAGGACUCAUGACCAGAUUGUUGAGGCCAUUCGGCUGGAUGUGUCUAUUAAAUGUGCUGCUUUUUCCAUUUCGGUGAUCCAAAACCCGAGGAACCAGUUCCUAGCUGAUAAGUGGGGGCUUAGGGUGGAUUGGAAGACUAUUACUCAGAAAACUUGUGCCUGGUUUAGGCCUCCAGCUAAUAUGACCGUUCUUCAUUGUGAUGGAUCCUUAACGGUUGAUAGGGCCUCCUAUGGUGGGAUAAUUCGUGAUGCUACAGGUGCAGCCAUUAUGGCUUUUGUGGGUAAUGGAGACAACAAUUCUGUUCUUAGCAUGGAGCUUUAUGCAAUUUUAAGGGGGGGUUUCUCUUUGUGUUCAAAACAGCCAGCUUCAGGUUUCCAUAAGAUCUGA